AUGAAGUGAGGAUGUUUAUCGGACAUGCUUGGUUUUUACUGCAGUUGCAGAGUCCACAGUUCAUUCCUGCCAUUAGCCUACUCAUGCUGGCUUUCCUGAGCAGUUACAACCUUCACACGUCCAGAGAAUCCUCUUGCAUUGCUUGCUACGCAACAUCAGAGCGCCUUUGAUCUGCUGAGACAGGUUCUUUUCAGCUGGGACUGUUUUACACAGGAGGAACAGACUGAUUGCCACAGUUUUGGCUGAGGGUGGCUGUGUGGUUGGUCUGUAUGUUCUUUAAGGAACGAGAGGUAGCUGUGUGGUCGGUUUGUACGUUCUCUAAGGAACAGAAGAAUCAGCGUGUGAAAGUGGCGUAAUCGUGGAGAACGUAGAACAUGACAUGGACAGCACUGGGAGAAGUGUAUCGGUGCUGAGGCUCAGCUUUUUAAGUGUGCUUUUUGUCUUCUUCCGUCCGCAUUCUAAAUGCGUGUCAGGUCAAACAACUCUACCUCAGAACAUUUGGACUCACAGUGAUGGCUGCAAAGAUGGGAAUGAAACACAUUGCUCUGAGUGUCAGCCAUCGGCUCCCUUUGCUUUAGCUAUUGGAACCCACAACAUAACCUUGUCCUGGAAGUCUCUUGACCAAUCAGAUGUGGUGUACAUACCACAGUGGACUGGCCCCAGCCUAUCAGGAGUCUGGACAUACAAAGAGAACACAACAGCACCACCCUUCACAGUCAACAAGCUGCAGCCCUACUCAUGGUAUAAGUUCAGGAUUUGGGUGGUGGUUUGCCAACAGCUCAUCUCCUCUCCUGAAAGCACCUUGUAUCAGACACAGCCAUAUGGAGCCCCUGCCAGCGCCCCAGUGCUUGAGAGUGUUGAGAGCGUGUCCAGUGACAGCGUGGAGCUCAGCUGGUCUCCCCCUGUCCACCCCCGAGGCCCCCUAGUGGGCUACAACAUCAACCUCACCAGCCACGAGGACACGAUCAGCAUGACCACGGGAGGAGACGUUCUCACAGCCACCAUCUUCCCUUCCACUCCAAAGACAACAUACAGUGUGUCUUUAGCUGCGGUGAACAGAGAGGGGCAGGGUCCAGCAGCACAGACCACAGUCACAACACCAGAGAGAGACGAGCAAAGAGGCUACCGCUGGAUGAUAGUAUCCAGACUGAAGUCCCUCAGGAAGAAGGAGGCUGAUGACUUCUAUUUACCUGCAGACUGUCUCUCUGACGCACUCAUCGAAUUUAAUAUCACAGGUGUGUCCAUCCACCAGAGCUCUGGGCAGCUGUAUUUCUCAGAGGGAGUGCACAUCUGGUCAAAACUUGCGGGUAACCUUAGCAACCCCUCUGGCCUGAGGCUACUGCACUCCUCCACCCAAGAGGUCACGGGGCUGUGUGUGGACUGGCUCUAUGAGAAACUCUACUACAUCUCUGGAGGGAAGGUGUUUCGCUGUGGUUUGGAGAACUGUUCAGAUCCAGUUCAUCUCCAGCUCUCCAGUCCAGGCUUUCCAACCAGGAUCAAAGCAGAUCCAUAUAAUGGGUGGCUCUUCUUACUGUUUCAUGAUGGGAUAUAUCGCGCUGUGUUGCCAAAGCUCGCAGGGGAGGCCAGUCUGAACACGGGUUUGGUCAUCCACAGUACCUCACUACAUGACUUUGUGGUCAGCGUCCAAAGCAGGAAGCUACUGUACUUCCAGAAGGAGAUCCAUUCCCUGUCCACUGCGUCACUGGACGGCUCAGUGCCCGCCAUCCUGCUGUCGGACAUCAAAGUUGUGGACACUGUGCAGAGUCUGGCGUACGAGGACAGCCAAGUCAUGCUCACCGAUGGUCUACAGCUCUGGCAGCAAGUGAGUCUUGAUGGCCUGGUUAGGUUUAACCAGUACCUGAUGGACUGUGCCUUCAGCCAGUCUACCUCAGGGGGCUUUGACAACCUCCUCUACAGCAGUCCCUCGUCGCAGCCGUACCCAGUGCCCAGGAAGCCCACGGACCUGACCGCCCUCUUCGGAUCCAGGAGGGCUAAUCUUAGGUGGAGGGAGCCACAGCUAAGAAUGGGAGCGAGCCCAUCUGCGUGGCAGAACUGGACCUACACUGUCACAGCGUCCACAAGUGGUUCUGUGGUCAGAACCUACAGUAAUAUCACCACUACACAGAUGGAGGUGACCGAUCUGCAGAGCUCCCGGCGCUACACUCUCUCGUUGAGGGCCAAGUCCCCAGGAGGCCAGUCCUCAUCGGUUCUGUUUGAGGGAACCACACUGCAGAACGAGAGUAAUAUCCCAUACAUAGUUGCUGCAAGCAACAACGGCCUUUGGAAGCAAGAACUGGAUGGAUACGACUUUACCGAAUCUCUGGCUUACAAUGUUACAGCAGUGAGAGACAUGGACUGGUACAACGACACGGUCUACUGGGUGGACGGCAGUGGACACAUCAGCUUCCUGGAGCUGAAGGAUGGCAUGACUGGUCUGAACGCCACAGCAGUGCCAGGCGCAGUGAAUGCUGAGGUUGUGGCGUUUGAUUGGCUGGGCACCCACCUCUACUGGAGCUGCAACUCCACGCAGAUCUGCCGAGGACGUCCAACCUCUCCGGAGCAGGAAGUGGUGGUGCGGAGCGGCCGUGUCGUCACGGGUCUGGUGGUGGACGCCCUGCGGGCCUUUGUGUACUGGAGCUCAGAUCGGUCUGUGGAGAGCGCCAGGCUGAAUGGACAGGGCCGCGUCACCAUACAGGGGCUGGGCCUGCUCUCUGGCCAGCAGGUGGUUGGGAUGACCCUUGACCUGACUGAAGGCUCCCUCUUCUGGCUCGUGCAGGAUGGACUCAUGUUGCACCUGCACAGAACGGAUUUGCUGAAACACAGGUUCCAUGGCCCUGUCCUAGACACCCCCAGAUGGAGUUCCUCCAUGGUGUCCGGCCCUGGGCUAGCCUUCUACAGCGGCCGUCUGCUGUGGCUGGACAGGGACCAGAGGCUCUGGCUCCAGGAGCUGAACCAGACUCAGAGCGUGCUGCUGUCUCCUGCCCACACGCUGACGGCCUUCACCCUGAUACAGAGCACGCUCAAACCCCUACCAGAUGGAUUUCUGCACCCUCCUGUUGUGAUACCUCAGGCGGUUCCGGAAGCAUCUGUCCAGCUGGUGGGGAACGCCACCGCGUUCAGCAUCACAUGGGAGCUUAGCAACCACGUUAACUACGGCUCUGUGUUCUACUGUGUGCAGUCUGCCGCUUUACAGCUGCCCCGAACAGACCAGGACAAAAGGAACAGCAUGGAAGGUUUCUGUCCCCCAUCAAAUACUCUGACGGAGCCAGUUUUGGAGGUGAGACACUUCUCUCCAAAUACACAAUUCAGUCUGGCCAUAACUCCUUACACUUACUGGGGAAAUGGAGUCACUACCUCUACAAUCCUUCGCUCCCCUGGUACAGAGUCAUCCACAGAGAUAGAUGCCGUUGUAAUCGCCUUUGGUGUGCUGACAGGUGUUCUUCUGGUUGUGAUAAUCACUGCUGUUUUCAUUUGGCACCGGCGGAGAACCGGCAAAAAGAGCACCUUGCCCGGGCCCCAGGUGGAACCUCUGUGUCCGGAUGAGGAACUGGAGGAGAUUAGGGGGCUGGUUGGCAUGGGGAAUGCCUGCUAUGCUGUCAGAACCCUGCCCAUCCACUGUGACAUUGGCCCGCUCCCUGUGUUUCCCAGAGACCAGUUAAAACUGCAAAGGCUUCUGGGUAGUGGUGCUUUUGGGGAGGUCUAUGAGGGCAUUGCAACAGGGAUCCCUUCAGUGGACUUAAAGUUAGACACAAGGGUGGCCGUCAAGACCCUGCAGCAAGGAGCCACAGAUGAGGAAAAAACAGACUUUUUGAAAGAGGCUCAUCUGAUGAGUCAGUUUUCCCACCCCAACAUCCUGCGUCUGCUGGGCGUGUGUCUGCUGAAUGAGCCGCAGUACCUCAUCCUGGAGCUCAUGGAGGGGGGCGACCUGCGCUCCUACCUCAUGGGAGCGCGCCCCGCUCCGGACCAUGGGCCACUUCUUAAUCUGGGUGAUCUGAUGGAUAUCUGCCUGGAUGUCGCUAAGGGAUGUGCCUACUUAGAGAAAAUGCACUUUGUGCACAGGGAUCUCGCUGCACGGAACUGUUUGGUCUCUGUCCAAGGCUACACAGACCCCGAACGUGUUGUUAAGAUCGGAGACUUUGGCUUGUCCCGCGACGUCUACAAGAACGACUAUUACAGGAAGAGAGGAGAGGGUCUGCUUCCUGUUCGCUGGAUGCCUCCGGAGAGCCUAACAGAUGGCAUGUUCAAUAAGUACUCAGAUGUAUGGGCAUUUGGGGUGCUCCUGUGGGAGGUUGUCUCAUUGGGCAAACAGCCCUAUCCUGCCCUGACCAACCUCGAGGUCAUGCACCACAUCAAUUCAGGUGGAAGACUUCCGGCUCCUGCAGACUGCCCCAAGAGCCUAUAUGCCUUAAUGUUGGCAUGUUGGUCAAAGACUCCCAGCGAUAGGCCAAACUUUCGCUGCCUGGAAGAACGAAUCAGUCAACUAAGACAGUUGGGGGAUCAGCUUAGAGAAGAACAAGAUGGGUCAAAAGGAAUAGUGAAUUAUGGUUUCCAGGAUGAUGAAGAGUGCAAAGGUGUGGAUAAAGAUGAGAGCCCAGGGGAUGGCCUUACCCAAGUGGUCAGCGCAGAGGGACUUAACUACCUCAUGUUCACUGCUAAUGACAGAGAAUCUGAGCCAGCGUCACUGUCUGGUGGCCAAGAGACACCUAACUAUCCUCUGCCAAGCACCAGUGGUGGUGAGGAGGCCAUGACUACACCACAAGACACAACAGAAAACAAAGAUGAGGAGGCAAUAAAGUACCUGGUGCUCAGUGCCAAAGACUUAAUGGAAAUCAGCAUCCAGACCCUUUCAGUUGAAGACAGUUCUGGGGAACGGCCAUGUCUCACAGCUGACAGCAGUGGCACAGAGAAAGCCAUCACUGAACAUUCUUCACCCAGAAAUGAAGGAGUAGACUACGGGUUCCUGAUGUUUAGUGCUACAGAAACUCAAACCACAGAUGAAAACCCAUCCAAAACCACACAUUUCAAGGCAGAUCAUGACUGACUAUGUGGCCACAGAUUACUUGUUUAAAACUGUAUUUAUUUGCUACAGUAGCCUAAAUACUGUAUCAUAUGACUUCUGGGAAAAUAUGUUUAUAUGUUUAAUUUUGUAUAUUUAAUAUGCUUUAUUUUCCUUCAGAGACCUAAAGAGCUACCUAAAGAGAUUGUAGCCCAGUGGUUCUCAACUGGUGUGCUGAGGCAAAGUGAGGUAUGUCGUGGAAUUUUAAGGAAACUAAUGCACUUUUGUACAGGCUCAUGAAAUAGGCCAGGGGUAGAAUUUUGAGGAAACGAAUGCACUUUUGUACAGGCUUAUGAAAUAGGCUAGGGGCUAUUUUUAAAUUUACAGUUUCUUUAUCAAAACGGUUUUAGGUAGUCAUAGCCAAUAGGCUACCGAUCUUUCACCGCAGCUCAUCAUCAUGUGAACAUAUGCCAAUCAUUUCCCAAGCUUUUUAGGUAGGUGACCCUAUUUUGAUGUCACAAAACAUUAGCGACUCCAAUCAUUCACAUGUUGAGAGAAAGAGUGCAACCCAUCUCUGCUGUAACAUCCAGACGAGAGCAGUUCUUCAAUUUCCCCCAAAUUUUCUUUGCAAGCCUGGUUGUUUUGCUACAUUGUUUCGAAAAUUGAUCAAGCAUAAUUCCAUCAAACAUCUCAUGCAGGCUGUCUAAGUUUAUUUUUACUUAGAUUAUAAUGAAGGAUCCAUUACUUAACUUGGAUCAUGGGGUUUUUAAUAUUUUUUUAUUUAUUGUAUGUAUAUUAUAAUGUAAUGUACUGUAGUCAAUUGUAAGAUACCCAGUAUCUCGGCGACCCCGUUUGAAUUUCAGGCCCACAUGGGGUCCCGACCAACGGUGCGUUUCCCAAAACCAUACUUGCUAACCUGUUAGCAACUUAGUUGGUCGGCAAUGGGAAAUUGCAUUGCAACCAACAAAGUUGCUAACUAAGUUAGCAACUAUGGUUUUGGGAAACACACCCCAAGUUUGGUAAAUGAUGCAUUAGCCCAUGAACACUUUGUAUGGAAAAAAUCUGGACAUAAUGAACACCCCUGUUAUAGCCCAUAAUAAUGUCUGAUGUGUGUAAUAAUGUGUGUGGCCUAUGCUGACCUUUUGGCAUUGGUUCAAAAGAAAAAAGUCACCAGGCCAAUUCAUUGCCAUUAGACAAGGUUUUUCUUUAAUUCUGUGUUUUCGACAAUUAAUCUAAUACAGCGGCCAUAAUUUUACCUUUAUUCUUAAUUUGAUUUGGGAUUUCUAUCACAAAUUUAGCUACUUUAAAACUGAACUGUGUAUGGUCCAUUGGAAGAAUGAAUUCAACCUUUUGUGCAAGGUUUGUAAAAGAUAAAAGAGCCUUGACCUAAUCUCUUUAUUAACUAAAUUUGAGCUGAGGUCCAGACGUGCUCUCUGUCUUUUUUCUUUUGCUCAACCAUUGUAAAUGUGUUUAUGUGUGA